UGAAACUUCACAGCAUUCCUCCAAGUAGAAACACAAAGUUUUACUAGCUUUACGAAAGCCCUUUAGCUAAUUUGGCCUCAGCACCAGCUCUUCUUUUUACAUUUAAAACAGUGCAAUGGCCUCUCAUAUUAGCUUGAAGACCCUGGCAGUCUUGGUUCUUGCAAUUGCCCUCUGUGUGCAAGGCACUCUAGGAGCAAUAACAUGUGAGAAUCUGGACGAGAACACAUGCGCAUUCGCAGUGUCAUCCUCCGGCAAACGCUGUGUGCUUGAGAAGCACGUAAAAAGGAGCGGAGAGGAAGCAUACACAUGCCGUACAUCAGAAAUUGAGGCAGACAAAAUACAAGACUUGAUCGAGACUGACCAGUGCAUCAAAGGAUGUGGGCUUGACCGUAAAACACUUGGAAUCUCAUCUGACUCUCUCCUUGAGCCUCGUUUCACAGAAAAGCUUUGCUCAACUCAGUGCUAUGGAAGCUGCCCCAACAUUAUUGACCUAUACUUCAAUCUUGCCGCUGGUGAAGGUGUAUUUCUACCCAAAUUAUGUGAAGCACAAGGAGCAAAUACGCGACGAGAAAUGUCUGAGAUCAAAAGCUCUGGUCAUGUUGCUCCAGGACCUGUGCAGCCUGGGAAGUUGACGGGUGCACCAGGACCCGUGUUGCCUGUGGAAUACACUAUUGCACCAAUAGUUGCCCCAGCACCAUACUAAAUUCACAGUAAAAAGGAAUUGUAUACGAAGCUUAAUUAGUGUUUAUUAAUUAGAUUACAAUAAUAAGUCACACCAGGGUCAGUAAUCUCAUUGAUUUGGUCUGUGCAAUCACGUUGAUUAUGACUCCGGUGUGUUGCAUUGAAUAAGGUGUACCUUUAAAGUCACCAUGUGCAUUAGAGAUAGUAUGUUAUAGUUGUAGAAGGUUGUGUGUGUCUUGUGCGGUAUGAUGGUCAUUUUUAUGUUCUUUUAUUGUAUGGUUUGGAAAUUAGAAAGAGAAAAGGAUUAUUUAGCAAUAGUGUCCUCCGUGAUUGUCGAUGAAUGUAAACGAGAGAAAUUUGAAGUCAAUAUCAAGCCGAUAUAUACAGUUAUUCUUCUA